GUCUCUCCUGGGCAGAAGAAGCAAAGUGGGAGGGAGAGGGCAAGGGCUGGUCCCCACCGGGGUCUCUGAUGUUCUUGCGCCACUUGGAGAGCCCUGCCCCUCGGAGGCCAAAGCUACCGGUGCCCGCACCAGAUCCCAGGGAGUUAGACUGGAGCUCCAGGACCACCAGAGACAGUGAGUUAGGCAAGACAGAUCUCUUCUUCUCUGAGAGGUCAGGGCAAGAUGGUUAAGGCAGGCCUGGGCCUGCCCGGGCAUGUCGGGACAUGACCCGGCAGAGGACUGCAGACACACCUCGGAGACGGACCGGCAACCAAGCGGACCAACCAGGAGCCGACACGGAGCCCUUGGACGCCAAUCACCGCUGAGCCCGCACUUUCUUCCUUAUAUGGGAACCCGGCCCCGGCUAUAAAACCCUUCCCCCACCCCUCAUACCUCGCAGACUCCCUUUGUCUCCUUGCUCACUCGCCCCCGGGAGUUCUGCCCUAGAGCGACCGCCCAAUAAAGGCCCUCAUCAACGGUCCAUAGAGGUGACGCUUUCUUCCCGCGGCGGUUCUUACAUUUGGCGCCCAACGUGGGGCUCGAGGUGAGGGCCCCCGGCACUUGCCGUUGAGGCCCCUUCGAGCUCCACCGCCGCGGUAGCCCCGGACUCAGGUGGCUGACCAACCCCCCGGGAUGGCAGGGUACGGGAUCUCUCAGCAGGUGGCUGCGGCCCUGGGUAUCGACUGGCAUCUCCACAUCCCCUAUCGGCCCCAAUCAUCAGGCAAGGUAGAGCGGGUGAACGGCAUCAUCAAGACGCAUCUGACCAAGCUUGCCUCAGAACUACGGCUGUGUUGGGUCGACCUCCUUCCUCUGGCGCUCACUUGCAUUCGCACCACACCCCACUCCAAAACAGGUUUGACCCCUUUUGAACUGCUCUACGGCAGGCCCUAUCUCCUGACUCACCUCCCCGCAGGAGAGGCUCCCCCACUCGCGGGGUACCUCCCCCUCUUCUCCCUCCUACGAUCCUUGCUGAGGGGACACGCAGACCGGGUCCUGCCACAACCAACAGACGACGAGAGGCCCACCCAGCCUCUGGCCCCAGGAGAUCAGGUACUGCUCAAAACCCUGAGUCCCCGCCCACUACAGCCUCGCUGGACGGGACCCCAUACUGUAAUCCUCACCACCCCUACAGCAGCCAAACUCCUGGGACACGAGCCCUGGUACCACCUGACCCGACUCAAACGAGCUCCCCCGGGUCUCCCAGAAACAGGGGCGGCCCCGGCCCCGGCCCUUUCUCCCGACCACUUCUACCGCUCCACUCUCACGGGGCCGACCAAACUGACCAUCACCCGAACCCCUCUGCCGUCGAUUCCUGAAUAGCCCAGAGACCUUUCACUCCAACCUCAGAACGAUGCGGGGCUCUCUACUCUGGGUUACUCUGGGGGUACUGGGAGUCCUGGAAAAAAGGGGGCACACCAACCAAAACCCCCACCAGCCCUUUCAGGUCACCUGGGUCUUAAAAAAUGGAGAGACCUACGAAGAGCUAAACCGGACCACAGCCACCCAACCGAAAGAUAUGUGGUGGCCUGACCUAUACUUUCACCUUCAACAGCUAACCGAGACCUCAUGGGCCCGGGCAUAUCUCAGAAAGGUCGGGUUUUAUGCCUGUCCGGGACAUCAGCGGGAAAACAUAAAGACCUGUGGGGGAAUGGUGAGCCGCUACUGUAAAUCCUGGGACUGUGUCACUUCCAACGAUGGGUACUGGAAAUGGUCGGUGACCAAGCCAGACCUGAUCAAUAUGUCCUUCGUAAAUCCCAUCACCCAGGACAUGUGGAACCACAGAUUCACAAAGUACUGCCCCGACUGUGACUUAGUCAGACUAUCAUUCACACAGCAAGGACGGACUGAAAACAGAUGGAUCUCCGGGCUAGCCUGGGGAAUACAGGUCUAUGAUGGCUGGGGGGCCCCAAGCGCAAUACUAUAUGUCCAGCAAGUCCUGCAACCCGCUCAGACCCAUGCUGUGGGGCCCAACCAGGUUAUUGCACCCCCGCGCCCCUCACCACAGGGGACAAACGCCACAAAUGUGACCUCGUCCACCCUCACCGCCCC